AAAACGCAAAGUCCCUCUAUUGCUUGUGACGUUUUUUUGACUUUCUCAGCACCACGGAAGAAGGACAGCGUUUUUAAUGAUGGAUACGUCAUCACAAUUAUUCAUUAUUCUUUUUAAUCUCAUAUGGCAUAAUGUGGUAUAUCUAUGUCUACUUUUAAAUUGUGUGACAGCAUGCCACAUGCAUUUUGGAGCUCUCGAAAAGCACGCGCACUUCUAGACAAGUAUCACCGUACGGUUGCUCUUCUCUACUGUAGUCUGUGAGGGUCGCUGUUGGCUAAGGGAAUGCAGGUUACCAUUUAUUUUUUUGUAAAAUAAGGAACCUCCUCUCAUACGAGGGUGGUUAGCACACAAUGCCAGCUACACACUUCGGUCCUGUGAAGUAAGGAGCUCUUGUAUUCGAUAGAAGGAGACCAAGAAACACCUUUUGUGAGACUUCUGUUUCAUUGUUUGUGGAAUUAAAUCGACUGCUCGGAUAAUGCGCUUGGUUUUCAUGUGAUCUGCUUUGGGAUUUUUAAAAUGGAUGUCAUCAGUGAUGUGCGCGGCGGUGGUAUCCACUGGAAAUAUGUCGUGUUGUUCAUAGCAGUGCUGCACACGUCUAUAAAUGCACAAGUGCGCUAUUCUAUUCCUGAGGAAAUGAGCAAAGGCUCUGUUGUUGGAAAUAUCGCCGAGGAUUUGGGCAUCGACCUGAAAAGGCUUCGUAGCGGCCGAGCUCGCAUCGUAGCCGGAGACAACAGCCCGUAUGUGGAGCUGAACACAGACAAAGGGACGCUGGUGGUGAGUGAGAAAAUAGACAGGGAGCUCGUCUGUAAACAGAUUUCUCCCUGCAGUUUCAACUUUGAAAUGAUAUUAGAAAACCCGAUUCAGCUGUAUGAAGUGACGGUAGAGAUUUUGGAUGUUAACGACCACUCUCCGACAUUUCCAAGAGAUGAAAUAGAAAUCGAGAUUAGCGAGGGUGCCCUGCCUGGGGCUCCAUUUUUAUUAAACAGGGCAAACGACCCUGACGUCGGAAUGAACACGAUACAAAGCUACACCCUGAAGCCCACGGAAAAUUUUGUGUUAAAACAUGAAAGCAGACAGAAUGGAAAUAACUUCGUCGAAAUGAUUUUACAGACUCCGUUAGAUCGUGAGAGUAAAGAAGAAUUGUCUCUUAUUUUAACAGCAAGUGACGGCGGUACGCCACCGAAAUCUGGUCAGAUGAGAAUAAAGAUUAAAGUAUUAGAUAUUAACGACAAUGCCCCCGUCUUCUCCAAGAAGACAUAUAGAGCAUCUUUAUCUGAAAAUGCACCAGUGGGUCAUGUUGUAACCACAGUGAGCGCAGUGGAUGCAGAUAAAGGUAUCAAUGGAGAGGUAUUGUAUUCACUACUGCAAUUGGAUCCGAGUAAAUCUGGAUUAUUUGAAAUUGAUGAGAAAACUGGUCAGACCACAGUGAAGGGACAGAUAGAUUUUGAGGUGACGAAGCGAUUUGAGAUAAAUGUGGAAGCCAGAGAUCACGGGGGGUUUAAGAAUACUUGUGUUGUCAUCAUUGAUGUUACAGACGUGAAUGACAACACCCCUGUUAUUUCGAUGACGUCACUCACAAACCCAGUGCCUGAAAACGCACCCAUAGGAACAACAGUGGCAGUGAUUAAUGUAAAAGAUUUAGAUUCGGGAGUAAAUGGCCAAGUAAAAUGCGCCAUAAACAGAAACAUCCCGUUUGUCAUUAAGUCGUCCCUGAGGAAUUAUUACACGUUAUUGACAGAUGACAAUUUAGACAGAGAAAUUACACCCGAAUAUAAUAUUACUAUCACAGCCACAGAUGAAGGGUCCUCGCCUCUAUCUACCACAAAAACAAUCAAUUUAAAGAUAUCUGACGUGAAUGAUAACAAGCCUGCUUUUGACCAUGAGGUUUAUACCGCUAGUGUGGAUGAAAAUAUCCCACCCGGCGUCUCCAUAUUUACAGUCAGGGCUACAGACGCAGAUUGCUGUCAAAACUCCCGCGUGUCAUACCUGCUGGAGGAGACGCAGAUAAACGGAGUCCCUGCGUCAUCACUAGUCUCCAUGAAUGCUGAAACUGGAGUCAUUUACGCAUUGCGCUCCUUCGACUAUGAACAGCUGAGGAAAUUUACAAUAAACAUUCGUGCUCAGGAUGGCGGAUCACCACCAUUAAGUGGAAAUGCCACAGUUCAGAUUACAAUACAGGAUCAAAAUGAUAACUCGCCACAGAUACUUUAUCCAGUCCAGACCAGUAGCUCUGCUGUGGCUGAAAUAGUACCACGGUCAGCUGAUAUCGGCUAUCUGGUCACUAAAGUGGUGGCUGUAGACGUAGACUCUGGACAGAAUGCCUGGCUCUCAUAUAAAUUACAGAAAAUUGCAGACAGGCCGCUGUUUGAAGUGGGCGCACAGAAUGGAGAGAUCAGAACUGUGCGCCAGGUGACUGAUAAAGAUGCUGUGAAACAGAAACUCACUGUUAUAGUGGAAGACAACGGACAGCCCUCCCGCUCUGCUACAGUCACUGUGAACGUGGCAGUGGCCGACAGCUUCCCUGAAGUGCUGUCAGAGUUCACCGAGUUUACGCACGACAAGGAUUACAAUAACAACUUGACUUUCUUUUUGUUGUUGGCUCUCAUCGUAGUGUCAAUACUUUUUAUUUUCUCUGUCAUUGCCAUCAUAUCUGUUAAAAUCUACAGAUGGAGACAGAGAAAGUUAUUUUAUAAAUCAGCCAAUAAUCUCCCCGUCAUCCCUUAUUACCCAACAAUGUACUCUGACGGAACUUUGCACCAUACCUACAAUUAUGAAAUGUGCGGGACAACUGAUUCUAGAAUGACUGACGUCAAGCCCAUGAGACCAUACAGUCAGAGCACGCUGGUGAGCCUGAGUCGACCUGGGACAGUUCAGAGGCAACAGAAGCAACAGCAGGCUGGCGAUACUGACGAUAUCUCCCCGGAGGUGAGAUUUGAUUUUUAUUUUGUAAAUAUUCAUAAGGAGAGAGCUACAUAA